UCUUCUUCUUCUUCUUCUUCAACUUCACUACCAUUCGUACUCAUCCUCCUUUCUUUCAUUUCUUUGCUUGCUAAGGUAAAUUUAGAAAAGGGGAAGAAGAUGAGCAGACCAGGGGACUGGAAUUGCAGGUCAUGCCAGUAUCUCAACUUCCAAAGGAGAGAGUCAUGCCAGCGUUGUGGAGAGCCAAGGCCUGGGGAGAAGGGUGACCAUUACGGAAGUUUUGGAGGGCAAGGUGACUCUUCUUUUGGACUUACCGGACCUGACGUUAGGGCUGGUGACUGGUAUUGCACAUGUAGAGUUCACAACUAUGCUAGCCGUUCCAGCUGCUUCAAGUGUGGUGCCUCCAAGGACGACUCUUCUGGUGGAUUUGACAGCGACACGUCACGGACGAAAGGCUUUGCGUCCGGCAGCAGCACUAGUCGCUCAGGUUGGAAAUCUGGAGACUGGCUUUGCACCAGGUCUGGCUGCAACGAGCACAACUUCGCUAGCAGGACUGAAUGCUACAGAUGCAAUGCACCAAGGGAUUCAUCUGCUGGCAAGUCUUCGCAUUAAUCAUAGAUUAAUUUACAGCUCCAAGGAGAAAAUGAUGAAGUUAAGACAGUUAUGUUGCUGCUCUACAUCCCAGAUAGCUCUUUAAUUUUUGCCCCUACAUCUACUUUGGUUAUCUUUAUUUUGGAUAUAUAUUCUAUAUCUUCUUCUUCUGCUGCUGAGGAGAGCUUUAGAAGGAUCGUGGUAUGAGACUAAAUUACAAAUUAUUGAACA